AGAUACAGAUACGUUGGCGGUGUUAUCGCCGCUACUGCUACUGCUCCUACUGUCGUGACCGCGCUAUUGUUAUUAUUUUUAAUGCAUUGAAUUUGAGUUUUGCAGUUUACAAUAUAUAUUUAUAUAUAUUUUUUUCGAUAUAUAGAGUCGGUUCUACAUAUUUUGCUGUACAAUAUCUGUGCGUCAACGGCAACAACAACAUCCGUUCUAUGAACGUGACCCCCGCGCAUUAAAAUAAAUUCUAAUUUGUGGAAGAAAAGAGCAGCAGCGAAAAUGAAAAUGUUUUGUUAUUGUUAUUGCCAUUGCGAAGAAGUGCCCCUGUGUGCGGGGCAAUAUUUAUUAUGAGUGCGUGUGUCUGCCCAUUGUGUUCAUAUGUGUAUUUGUUUAAUUUAUAUCUAGAGUCUAGAGUCUGAUAUAAAUAUUAAAAUCAAAAAGAAGAAAGAAGAAAAAAUAAGAAAUAGGUAUACAUACCUAUGUGCAUAAAAUAUCACAAGCAACAGGCAGCGGCGAAAGCAACAACUACCAGCUAAACGACAAAUUUUUCGGUUUCGUUCCGCGGAUCAUGUGACCAGUAUCUCCGCUGGCCAUCAGUCAAUCAAUCAGCGGACCGCAGCCCAAAAAUGUUUCAAUUAUGUUAUCGCCAGCAACAACGACAUCGUCCAGAAUCGAAACCAUCGAAUCAGAAUCAGAGCAGCGCAAACCACAAGGAGGCAGCAGCACUGCCAAGGCCGAAAGCGUCGUCGGUGGAGCGAGAUUAAGUUGUGAAAUCCCGGGAAUCCUAGCUCUUCCUCGUAGACCGCAGUUGGAAAAGGAAAAGGAGCAGGAAACGAAACUAAAACCAAAAUCACAGAGAAAGUCACCAGGCAACGGAGAGCAAUUUAGCAUAGCAACCGCAACGGAAUUAGCCAGGCCAGGAUCAGAAGCAGGACUUCGCCAUGGGCUGCUCGCCAAGCACUCUGCCCGGCCCCUCCUCCGCCUCCGCCGGCGGUGGUCAGGCGGGCGAACGAGGAUCCCUCCCCCUGGACGCCUCUGAGAAGGACGAGAGCCGCCUGUUUUGCAUCAAAUUGAGGCGUAGUCGCCUGCGUCGCUGCAGCUGUGGGGGCGUCACUCUGCAGCCACCCAGCGACGGCAACGGGAGUACGGCGGGGGACAACCUGUGCGGCCAGGUGCUCCUCAAUCCGCUGCAGAACAAAAGCGAGGCCGACUACGAAAAGCUGAGCACCGGCAAAAAGGACUCGAUUGUGACGGUAGCCGCAUUGGGAAACUUUACACACAGCGUGGUGCGACGGGCCACUGGCAGCACAGGCACAUCGGGCACCAGUUCAUCCGGCGGCGGGAACAGCCGUCCAGGUCACCGCAAGUCAUCGCUCGCCCUCGCCCUCACCCCGGAAGAUGAGCCGAUGGACGUCUACCAGCGAAAUCUCAUGGACCUGAAGUAUCCAACCGUACUACCACCGAAUCCCCCACUUAAGGCUCUCCUGGUUUUCCACAAGUCGGACAGCAUCUGCGAGGCGGUCACCGCGGCCUGCCAGCGCCACCAGCUGGACGUAACGCUGGUCAAGUCCAAGGAGGAGGCUCUGGACACCCUGCAGAAGUCCUACGCCACCGCCCAGUGCUACCACCUAAUCAUAAUUGAUGCGCGUUCUACCAAGAACCUGGAUGCGGAGCACAUUGCAAGAACCAUACGUCACACACACGGCCACCAUUUAACGACAAUAAUUGCAGUCUGCAAGAAGAGUUUCUUCGAGAAGGAUGAUGUGCUAAUUGCUCUAUUGGACGCUGGCGUUAAUAGAUGCGUAGCUGAGACGACCAACCUGGCCAUGUGCAGUGUGGAACUGAAGCAGAUACUGCACUCCAUCAUCCGGCCGCACAAUGUCAUGUCCACUCAACAGGCCCUCUACACGGCUCUCCAUCGGCUAAAGGAGGUGGUGCUCAUCACGGACGACCUGCUGAGGAUUCAGUACGCGAAUCGUGCCACCGAGAGGCUGCUCAACAUGCGGCUGGACGAGAUCAUUAGCAAGCAGCUGGAGGACAUAUUCGUGUCGGACCUGUCCACCAUCAGUGAGCAGUGCAAGAACAUCAAGGAGUUCGACGGCAUCCUCACGGUGCGCCGGAAGAGCCAGGAGGGCAUCCCCAUGCACGUGCGCGUGGUGCCAGUGGCCUGCAUAGGGAGCGCACCCACGCACCUGAUUUUCAACUUUGAUGUGCCCGGCGGACAAAUGGACUUCAUAGCCACGCUGCCGCAGCCCAAGGAGGCGCCUCGCGGCUCCCUGCACUCGGUGCGGCGGUGCAGCUUCGAUGUGCGCUCCAUCGCCUCGGACGGACUGAGGAGGACCAGCCUGGCCAAGCUGACGUCGCUGCCGCUGGAGGCCCCCAUCACUAAAAUAAUCAAUUUACUAUCACAAGUACAGGAGAAUUGUUCGGCCGAUGAGGCGCGUCUCAUAGACAAGGUCUUGGAGUUCCUGAAGCGCGAGGGACUCUACAGUCCGCAAAUGAAGGAGAUACGAACGGACGAUCCCAUAGCCACCGAUCUGAUUGGUGCCCUGCUAACGGGACCCAGUGUAUACUCCUCGCGCCGCAGCUCGAAUGACUCCAUCAUCCGCACUGGCAGCUCCACGAGAACUGCCACAAUUGUGCCCGCCAAAAUGAAGUCCAAUCCCAUAAUCAUGGAACUACUUGACGAAUCUCUCAGCUGGGACUUUGAUAUUUUCAAAUUGGAGGAGAUCACCGAUUACCAUCCGCUGCUCUAUCUGGGCAUGGAGAUGUUCCGCCGCUUCGACGUCUUUGCCACAUUGAAUAUCGAUGAGAACGUGUGCAAGGCAUGGUUGGCCGUCAUCGAGGCCCACUACCGCAAGAGCAACACAUAUCACAACAGCACCCAUGCCGCGGAUGUCAUGCAGGCCACUGGCGCCUUCAUCACCCAGUUGACCAACAAGGAUAUGCUUGUAAUGGAUCGCAUGGAGGAGGCGACUGCUUUGAUUGCCGCCGCUGCCCACGAUGUGGAUCAUCCGGGCCGCUCAUCCGCCUUUCUGUGCAACUCCAAUGACGCCCUGGCCGUUUUGUACAAUGAUCUGACUGUGCUGGAGAACCAUCAUGCGGCGAUUACCUUUAAGCUAACCCUGGGCGACGAUAAGAUCAAUAUUUUCAAGAACCUGGACAAGGAGACGUACAAGUCGGCCCGCAGCACCAUCAUCGAUAUGAUCCUGGCCACCGAGAUGACCCGUCACUUUGAGCACCUGGCCAAGUUCGUGAGCGUCUUUGGCGGCGAGGAGCCUCGUGAGCACAACUCCCAGACGGAUGAGGAGCAGUCGAUACUCAUGCGCCGCAUGCUGAUCAAGGUGGCCGAUGUGAGCAAUCCCGCCCGGCCGAUGCAGUUCUGCAUCGAGUGGGCCCGUCGCAUUGCCGAGGAGUACUUCAUGCAGACGGACGAGGAGAAGCAGCGCCAUCUGCCCAUCGUAAUGCCCAUGUUCGAUCGGGCCACCUGCAGCAUACCAAAGAGCCAGAUCGGCUUUAUCGAAUACAUCAUACAGGACAUGAUGCACGCCUGGGAGAGCUUCAUAGACAUGCCGCAGCUGAUCACCUACAUGCAGAUCAACUACUCGCAGUGGAAGAAGUACGACGAGCAGGGCGUCAACACGCUGGCGGAGAUCAUGGCCAAGCAGCCGCCGGUGGGCAAAAUGGCCAACUCCAAAUAGCAUACGGCCUUCCGGAGAUUGUUCUCGGGUCUACUGAAGCCACUGCCGGCCCAGGCUCCGGGCACCUCCACGAUUGGCGAGAACGAGAUGGAGGACGUGCUCUAGUGACGGCGUCGAAGGUCCUGCGACGUCUGACUCCGGACCCGCAGUCUCUCGGCCUGAUCCUCUGAAGUCGCAGCUCAUCCUGCUCCCCGGACUGCCCACACAUAUCCACAUAUCUCUCAACGGACCAA